UCCGAGUGUCUGGGAGCAAAUUUAUUUAAAGUCAGAGGGACUUGAAAAUUAAAAAACGAGUGAUCGAUGUGUGGUGUGAGUUUGAUCCGCAAGAGACAAACGAUGAAGCCAAUAGGAUGAGCCAGGCGUGUUCCACCAUACCCUCCCUUUCCAUUCGGAUAAUCUACCCAAACAUUCCACAAAUAUUUUUCAUCAACCUUUUUAUAAAUAAAUAAAUCUUAAGCUCAAUCAAAUUUCAAACUAUAAAUUAACCAUAAAAAGGGUGAUAAGCGCACGCAAAGGAGUUGAGCGACGCCAAGUGCUGGUAUGUUUGAUUGAUGUGUUUGGUGCUCGUCAAUGUUGCCUGUUUGCUCAGCCACCCCGAGAUCUUCACAGAUUCCCUUGUUUGGGGGAUUGCACACAAUUCGAAAGGAUCUUGAGAGUAGAUGUGUGGCUGAAGAAGCUGUUCAUCUGGGUUUGCAAUGUGGAACGAACUCACUCAGAAAUUCCUUUACAGUACACGCUAUAAAGACUGUCUCGGGUCCAAGUGAACCGGGAUAUCUUACAAACACAUGGGGUUAUUCACAAGUGACAAACGAUGCUCAUCAUUCACUGAGUUAUGGGGAAAUCAGACACAUGGAAAGUUAUCAUUUAUCUACUGUGCCAGAGGAAUUUGUGGACUUCACAGAACAGUCAACCGAAGGAUCUAAUAAUGCAUUAGUAGCACCAGUGCAACCAGAAACACUAUCAAGUACUGAUAUGAUGCCUGAGAAGUUUGCACCUGCGCCUAGUUCAAUUGAGGUGGACAAUGAAUCGUUAGCCAGUACAAAAGCAAGUGUUGGUGACCUUUUUGCUGGAAUCAAUGAGUCAUUCAAUGCCUCAGUCAAUAAUGGAGAAAAUGCUUUACGAAGCUCACUGGAUACAGCCACUUCUUUUAUAGAUUCUGUCGUUAAAACUGCCACUGAAUCUGUAGAUAAUGUUUUUAGUAAGGCGUUUUCUGCUGUUGACCAAACAGGGGAAGUAGCAAAUAAGAAAUUUACCAGCUUCUCCAGUGAGGUAACUGGAGUCGCAAAUAAAGCACCUGUUGUGGCUAUUGAUGUGUUGCGCCGCACGAUUGUAGCAGUAGAGAGUUCUCUAACAAGUGGAACUUCCUAUGUUGUCUACCUAUAUGGGUCAGCCAAGGAGCUCCUUCCUGCAGGGAUUAGGGAUACAGUCAAUGUAUAUGAAGAUAAAGCUACAGAAAUCUUAAGGCCUGUUGGGUCUGCAACUCAAAAGAUAUACACAGCUUUCUAUUCAUUGGAGAAGAGUCUUGGCUUGGAUCCAAAUGACCCAAUUAUUCCAUUUGUUGUUUUUGUGGGCUCUUCAGCAACAUUAUGGGCUGUUUAUUGGUUGGGGACAUAUGGAGGUUACUCAGGAGAUUUAUCCCCUAAAUCAGCUUUGGAUCUUUUGGCUGACACAAAUGCUGCACUUAUUGAUGUCCGCAGUGAGGAGCUGCGAGAAAAAGAUGGUAUUCCUGAUCUUCGACGGGCUGCUCGGUUUCGUUAUGCAAGUAUAACUCCACUUGAGGUUGAUGGCUCCAUACGCAAGUUGUUGAAGGGUGGUAGAGACCUCGAUGACUCCUUGAUUGCUGCUAUUAUUCGAAAUUUGAAAAUUGUGAAGGACAGUUCCGGGGUUAUAGUGUUGGAUGCUGAUGGUACCCGUUCUAAAGGCAUUGCAAGAUCCUUGAGAAAAAUUGGGGUCAAGAAUCCAUACUUGGUUGAAGGCGGCUUUCGGUCUUGGGUGAAGCAAGGUCUCCGCACCAAGGAACUCAAACCUGAGACAGCACUUUCCAUACUCAAUGAGGAAGCUGAAGCAAUUCUGGAGGAUGUUAGACCUUCUCCUUGGCAAUUUAUAGGUUAUGGUACGAUACUUGCUGCAGGGCUGUAUGCAUUGUUAGAGUGGGAGAAGACAUUGCAGUUAAUUGGUGCGUUUGGCCUCGGUUUGACCAUCUAUGUACGGGUUUGUUCAUAUGAAAACUCGGAAGAUUUAAAGCAGGAUGCGAGGUUGUUACUUGCUCCUUUUAGACUUGGAGCUGAAGCAUUUUCAUGGGCUGCUGGAAAAUUAGAAUCAAAUGGCAUAGGGCUACCUACAUCACCUUCAUCAUUAGAUGUUCAGAACCGGGUGUUGCAGGCUGCUGCCAAACAUGAAUCCCAACCAUCUGAUAGUGAAGGAAACCAAGAUCCAGUUUCUGAUCCGACAGUUCCUCUCAAUCAGAAUAUAUGAGAUUAUUCCAGAUUGUCUUGUGCUAACGCGAAAAGGCAGAACAUAGAUUAGUAUGAUCACAGCAAAUUAACUUACAUGACUGAAAGUUUGCAAGGUGACGUUAUCCAACCUUUUUCCAAACACAAUGCUGCCACGAAACUCGACCCUACCUUGUUUGUAGAGAUCAACGAUGGUUAUAUUUGAUCUAAUCCUUGCAAAAUAAUAAUGUAACUAUUUGCGGGAUGCAAGUUGUCCUAUGAAUUUGUGAUGCUGCCCCUUGUAACGUUGUAAUCUAAUCCUUCAAUGAACUCAUAGUUCGUCCCAGGAUCACUUUGCCAACGCGUAUGAUAUACAACAAAUGAAUAUAUCACUGUUUUUAAAUAUUAUAUACAAUUUUAAAAAUUUC